UAGCAGGAAUGAGUGGGGUUUAUACGCACCGUGGCGAUUUGAGUCGCGGUCUUGAGGAUGUUCCCGUUUUAUUUGAAGGGUUCACAUUUCCUGCUUUUCAGUAUUCCCCAGAUAACGUUCAGGGACCAGGAUCCACUGUAGACCCCAGUGAAGUCACCCUUCCUGGAUGCUCCUGCCUUUCCCACUCGUGCUGCAUUGACAGCUGCUCCUGCCUGCAGACCCAUGGUCAGGAAUAUGACAGCACUGGCACGCUGCUGUACCUCAACAGAACAGAUGCAGGUUUCUGCUCACCCGUGUUUGAGUGUAAUGCCCUUUGCACCUGCAGCGAUGAUUGCUCUAACCGGGUGGUGCAGAGAGGGUUACGGCUCAGCUUGGAGGUCUACAGCACCCGAGACAGGGGCUGGGGGGUUCGGACACUAGAGAAAAUCUCACGUGGGGCAUUUGUGUGCGAGUAUGCAGGAGAGGUGAUAAGUUUUGGGGAGGCCAGACGCAGACAGUUUUCCCAAAGAUCUGAAGACAAUAACUACAUUAUUGCUGUAAGGGAGCAUGCGGGCACAGGCUCAAUCACUGAGACGUUUGUGGACCCAGCCCAGGUGGGAAACGUGGGUCGCUUUCUCAACCACUCCUGCGUGCCUAAUCUGUUCAUGGUCCCGGUGCGUGUGCACUCAGUAAUUCCCAGACUGGCGCUGUUUGCUGGACGGGACAUUGAAGCUCAGGAGGAGCUGACAUUUGACUACUCAGGAGGAUACAGUAACGAGCAUCCUGCAGAGCUUUUGUCCAUGCAAAGCAAUGCCGCCGCGCAGGCCAGUGGGACAGAUAGACUCCAGAGGAAAGCAUGUCGCUGUGGUUCCAACAACUGCAUGCAGUUCCUUCCUCUGGAUUUAUCCAUUCUAAGCUGAAAUGAUCUAUUCUGGUUGUUAUCUGAAUAUUGGGAAAACAUUAUUGUGAAACACAGCAUUUCUUUUGCUCUGACGUUUGUUUUUUAAUUGUAUAUUAAAUGUGUUUUCCUGAAAUCCUAGUUAAUUCAGCUGCUCAUUAGCACAAGACAGUGCAACAUGUUUGGUGGCUCCAUGAACACAAUGAGCUCGAUGAAUCGUGUCUGUGCUCAUCACUGUUUCCUGUUUGGUCUCCCGAGUGUCUGACUAUCUGCCACUGUCUUAAUGCCGUCUCCCACUAAUUGCGAGAUGAUGUGAAAACAAGAAUAAUUCGAUUCUUGUCGACAUUCUUAUCUGUUCUUUCACUUGUGUAAUCCAUUUCAUGUAUCAGGACAGGCUUGUUCCCAGUUGAUCUACAAGUCUUAUAUUUAUCGUCUUGUCCUGGCCCAUUUCUCAAACCACACAUGACUAUGAAUAUAGAAGUGAAGUCAUUUGCACUGGCAGGUGUAAAAGAAUGAUGUUUAAUAGGUUUCUUUUUAAAGCCAUGUAGUAUACACGAUUGUUAUCUUGGUAAAACAGGAUGCAAGUGAGAAUUUGAUGGUUUUUCACAAACUCAUAUAAAAGUUGAUAAUUGUCAUAUGUCUCCAUCUGCUCAACAUGUCUUUGUUGUCAUCGUGCUGCGCGGCCACCUCUUGUAGAUAUUCUCGGCUUCUCAUCGCACUCAAACCUCAAGAGAGGUGGGACCAAUUAAAAAGGGCCACGGGGUAUAGUUUAUAUAGAAACAGACUUUAUUCCCCUGUCAGAAGGGGGAGCAAGGUGUCCCACUUUAGUGUGACCAUUCUGAAAUCAGGACCUUCUCCUCUCAAUCUGCCCCGUUUCUAGUCUAGACCUGCUUUCAUCUUAUUAAUAUCCACAUCUGGGUUAAUUAGGAUGGAGACCAUAUUUCAUCCAGAAAUGGGACCAGUGCUCCAGCCACACUGGGGCUGAUAGGGACUAGCGGCGGGUGGUGGUGGUGGAGGGAGUGGGAGCCUUCUGUUGAUUGGAGACCACUGUCAAGUUGAUUGGUUUUCGUGUCAUCCAGUGGAGAGGCAAAUGUUGUAUCAACCUAUAUUUUUUUACUCUCUGAGGGUUACCUGGGAUUCUUUCUGUUCAAAAUGGGCUGUUCUGAUCUGAUCCACAUUCAAACCUAAAGGAAUAAUUCUGAGUUAUAUAUUUUUUCUUCCCAAGAGUUGGAUGAGAAGAUCCCCUGUAUUAGUCCAGAAAGUUACAAAAAAAAAAUCUAUCUUGAAAGCAUUUUUAAAAUGUACUGAAUUACAUUAUUGGAUAUUACAGAAAACAUACACAGGAUGUCCGAUACAUCCUCUUGUGUACGGCACAUUAACAGCCAGGCCUUGGAGAAGGCACUAACACAGAUCAUGCAGAAAAGGAAUACUCAUGCAUAUUAUUAUGUUAUGCAUUAGAGUUUCUUCUUACAUCAUCUUACCGGUAAAACGGCUGCAUGACCUCUGACACCUGUCUCCCCUGUUUGUUUCUGUGUUUGUAUUUCUUUCUGUUAACUGUAAUUUCCCCAUUGUGGGACUAAUAAAGGUAUUCAUUCAUUCA